AUGUUGCUCGUGGCGAUCCAGCCAGCAUCAGCUCAUCCUCAGUGUCUGGACUUCGAGCCACCUUUCAAACCCUCCUGGCACUUGGAGUUUUGCACGCAGUACGAGCAGUUUGGCUGCUGCGACCAGAAAACGGACAACAUGAUCGCCGAGAGAUACUGGAACAUUAUCGACCAGCUGGAGACGGAGGGUCACGAGCUCUGUGAGGACAAGUUGAAGGAAAUCAUGUGCCAGGAGUGCUCUCCAUACGCCGCCCACCUCUACGAUGCCGAGGACCCGUACACACCUGUCAGAGAGCUCCCUGGUCUUUGCUUUAGCUACUGCCAGGAGUUUCAUGGCACAUGCCGCCAUGUGGUGAAAUAUUUAACUGAGAACCAGCAGCUGCGGGACACGUCUGAGCGAGACGUGACCACGUUCUGCAGCAUGAUGGACUUGUCCGACCCGGACUACUGCUACCCCAACGUUUUGAAGACCCCUGACCUCAACAGCAACCUGGGGCAGGUGGCGGAGGACCCCAGAGGGUGUCUGCAGGUGUGCCUGACAGAGGUGGCCAACAACCUCAGGAACCCCGUGUUGAUGCUCCACAGCAGCGAUGGCACACACCGCAUGUUCAUCGCCGAGCAGGUGGGCUUCGUGUGGGUUUACCUGCCCGACGGCAGCCGGCUGGAGCAGCCCUUCCUGGAUAUGAGCGGGGAGGUGAUGACCACGCCCUGGCUGGGGGAUGAGAGGGGCUUCCUGGGCAUGGCCUUCCACCCCAAGUACCGGGACAACGGACGCUUCUUCAUCUACUACUCCAUCCAGGUCAACAGUAAGGUGGAGAAAGUGCGAGUCAGUGAGAUGAAGGUGUCUGCACUGGAUAUGAACAUGGCUGAUCCGUACUCAGAGAGGGCGAUCCUGGAGAUCGAGGAGCCGGCUGCAAACCACAACGGAGGACAGGUGCUGUUUGGUCUCGAUGGAUAUUUGUACAUCUUCACUGGCGAUGGAGGAAAAGCUGGAGAUCCGUUUGGGAAAUAUGGAAACGCACAAAACAAGAGUGCUCUGCUGGGCAAAGUGCUCCGCAUCGAUGUAGACGGACGUGACUCCAGCGGGCAGCAGUACAGGAUCCCCCCCGAUAACCCACUCCUCCAGGACCCGGCAGCCCGCCCAGAGGUGUAUGCAUACGGGGUCAGGAACAUGUGGCGCUGCUCCGUGGACCGCGGGGACCCGGUGAGCCGCUACGGCAGGGGCAGGAUAUUCUGUGGAGACGUGGGUCAGAACCGCUACGAGGAGAUCGACAUCAUCGUGAAGGGAGGAAACUACGGAUGGAGAGCCAAAGAGGGCUUCGAGUGCUUUGAUCUGAAAUUGUGCCACAACUCCUCCUUAAAUGAUAUCCUGCCAAUAUUCGCAUACAGCCAUCACGUUGGGAAGUCUGUGACCGGCGGAUAUGUGUACAGAGGAUGUGAAUCACCCAAUCUGAACGGCCUGUACAUCUUUGGAGACUUUAUGAGCGGUCGCAUCAUGGCGUUAGAGGAAGACAAGAGCGCAGGCAGCUGGAAGGAGAGGAGUGUGUGUAUGGGAGAAACAAAGACCUGCUCGUUUCCUGGACUCAUCAACCAUCAUCACAAGUUCAUCAUCUCGUUCGCUGAAGAUGAAGCAGGGGAACUAUAUUUUUUGGCCACGGCGUACCCGAGUGCCAUGUCUCCUUCCGGGACGGUUUUCAAAUUCAUGGACCCGUCCAGGAGAGCUCCUCCAGGGAAGUGUAAGCAGAAGCCGCUGCCUGUCAAAGUGCGGGGGAAGAAGGUUCCUUUCGUGCCGCGGGAGCUGACUGUGCUGGACACAGCUGAGAAACCCACCAGGCCACCGCCGAGGACUUUCAAACUCUCCGCCAAACCAACGGUGGCGCGAACAACGACUGCAGCCAGUGUCUCCACGACAACGACCAGCAGAGCUGUGACGCCCAAGUGGAAGUCACUCAAUAAGAAAGUGAAGAAGACGAACAAGUUGCAACCGUGGAAGAUAAAACAGCUGCUGAAGAAACAGCAGAAGAAGAAGGAGGAGACUUUGAGACAGAAAUCUAAGACAACUGUGGGGAAGCUCGUUGCCACAGAACGCAGAAGCAACGCUCUGAAACGUCCCGCCGUCAACGCGACGAAGGUUCCCGCGAGGAAACCUGCGCAGAAGCCAGUCGCACAAAAGAAAAACGGCAUUAAGCUGAAAGAAAGGGGCUCUCAAUGUAAACCAUAA